AUGAAUGAAAUAAGAGGACCCGGUGAAAUGGAUUUCACCAGCCCACAAAAUCUAGCAGAGACAUGGAGACGCUGGAGACGUAGCAUGGAGUAUUACUUGAUAGCGACAUGCACCGGAAAAACCGAGCCACAGAAAGUCGCAAUUUUCAUGUGUAUGAUUGGUAAAGACGGGCAGGAAAUUAAAGAUACGUUCGAAUUUGAAACUCGUGAAAAUGGACAACAAGUGAUCACCACAGCAAUCCUUUUCGACAAAUUCGAAGCACAUUGUAAACCCAAGAAGAAUCUCGUUGUUGAACGGCAUCGUUUCCUCACAAGAGAUCAAAACACCGGCGAGUCGGUAGAUCAAUAUGUAACAGAACUAAAAACUUUAGCGGCGUCGUGUAAGUGCGGAGACUUAAAAGACGAUCUUAUAUGUAGUCGAAUUGUAAGCGGCAUAUCUUCGAGAGUUGUUCGAGAACGACUUUUGAGAGAAUCAGAGUUGAAAUUGAACAAAGCUGUCGAGAUUUGCAGAGCAGAUGAGUUAUCAAGACAACAAAUGAAGUUGUUUGGCAGUGAAGCGAAUCAUGUAAAUCAAGUAAAACACGGGGGAGUGAACCGUGUUCAGAACAAAAGCAAGUCAGACAAAACACAAGAAGUAAAGAAAGCUACUGAAGGGAAACAUGAACACAAGCGUAAUGCCUGUGGUAGUUGUGGUCUAAUCCAUCCAAAGGGACAAUGUUUAGCUUAUGGUAAACAAUGUAAUAAAUGCAAAAAGAUGAACCAUUAUGCAAGAAUGUGCCGUUCAAGCAAAAGCGUAGACUCGUGUCGACAAGAGAAAAGUGACGAAUAUCUGUUUCUAGAGACGGUCAAAGUUGAAUCUGUCGACCGGAUUCGACAAUCUGAAACUGAACAUGUAACACUGUCAUUGAACAAUCACGACAUUCGAUUAAAGCUGGAUACGGGAGCUGAGGUAAACGUGAUACCAUACUCAACUUUCAAGCAAGUUGCGACAACUUGAAAGAUAAAGUUUAGAAAGCCGAAAGCCUGUUUGAGUGCCUAUAAUGGAGGAAAUAUCCCGGUCGAAGCUGUCUGCACGUUACAAUGUCAAUACAAAGGGACAAUUCAUAAUUUGGAAUUCUAUAUCACGAGCAUCGAGAGUGAACCAGUUCUCAGUAUUUCCGCAUGCAAGAAACUUGGGCUUAUAGAAUUUGUCACCGUCAUAGAGCAUAAAGAAGAAGGAACCGAAGCGUUUGCGAAGAGAGUCAAAACGGAAUAUCAGGAUGUUUUCUCAGGAAUCGGAUGUUUAGAGCGGCCUUAUCACAUCGAGCUGAAUUCUGCAGUGCAACCAGUUAUAGUCCCCCCAAGACGAAUUCCGUUUGGUUUGGAGGAUCGAGUCAAGUACGCGCUAGAUGAAAUGUGCAACCAGGGUAUAAUCGUGGCAGUGGAUCAACCGACCGACUGGGUAAAUGCGAUGGUCGUCGUGGAAAAGAAAAAUACUGACAAAUUGCGAAUUUGUAUAGACCCGCGCCCCUUAAUAAAGCAAUCAAGCGAGAACAUUACCAUCUAUACCUACGAUAGAAGAGAUUACUACAAGACUGAGUGGAGCGAAGUAUUUCUCUACUCUUGACGCAAGAUCGGGAUUUUGGCAAAUUCCUUUGGACGAAGAGAGUUCAUAUCUUACAACUUUCGGAACACCUUUCGGAAGAUAUCGUUAUACACGUAUGCCUUUCGGCAUUCAUAGCGCCCAGGAAGUAUUCCACAAGAGGAUAGGUGAGCUUUUCCAAGAUCUUGGCGGUGUUGAGACUGACAUCGACGACAUCCUGGUAUGGGGCACUACGAUAGAAGAGCACGACGAAAGGUUGGAGAAAGUUUUGCAGAGAGCAAGACAAAGUAAUCUUAAGCUAAAUCCUGACAAGUGUCAGAUCAGACGCACCGAAGUUUUGUAUAUUGCAUGGGCAUGUACUUACCGGAAAUGGAGUCAAGCCAGACGCAUCUAAGUUAAAAGCGAUCACGGAGAUGCCAGUUCCAGAAGACAAGCAUGGAAUUCAACGUUUGCUCGGAAUGGUGAACUAUGUGGCGAAGUUCGCACCACAUGUCUCAGAAGUAACGGCACCUCUACGCGAACUCCUCAAGAAAGAUGUUGCGUGGCACUGGACUGAGCGUCAUGAACAAUGGUGGUAA